UGUACUUUGAAAUUGCUGUUCUAAAAAAGCUAUUAGUAGUUUGAUUCAGCUGUUUAUAUGAAAUAUUCUUUAUUUCUGACCAAAUGAAAUAAUUUACAUAUUACAUUGAUAUUAAAAUUAGUUGAUCAAUCGUUUAAUUCGAGUAGACGUGGCGAACAGACCUGUCGUGGAACGGGAUCAGCACUAAUUAAGGUCCCCGCAUGUUUUUAAUGCUACUAUACACAUCGACUGAGAAAUAGGUUAGAGUUAGUUUGGAGUCAGGCUAGGGAUGGAGACUAAAUACUCCAUGGGUUAGGGUAUAUAGUACAACGCUUAGUGUACUCAAUAUAUAAUCGUCUACUGGCUCUCACAAUUUCACAUAAAGAAUCUUCAAAUACAUUUUUAUUUUGUUUAUCCACGCUAUAUUGUUCUAGACAGUAUUGUCAGGGUUAGAUUUAUAUUUUGAAGUUCAUCUUGAUCUCGUAAUCUCCAGAAUUGCAUGAACACUUUUAUGUAGUAUAAAUGCAAAAUUCAAGUUUUUGAUUUAGUUAUUUAUAUUAGAUCAAUUUUUAUACAUUUGUUAUAUCAAGCAGUGAAAAUGUUGAGUAUGUUAAGAUAUUGCAAGAGCAGAAUAGCAUUUUCUGUUCAGACAAAAAUUAUCCCUCGGAAGUAUAUGACAGUUUCAGAAAAAGUGGAAAUGUUAUUGAAGCAACGAGAUCAUGUUCCACACACUUACAAACUCAUAUAUAGAGAUCUAAAUCAUACAUUUGUAGGAUUUUCAUACCAUGGACUGAAUUUUUUAACUUAUAUAACAUUAACUUCAUUGGCAUACAUGUGGUACAAUGAUAUACCUAUGCAAAAAAAUUCACAUCAUUUUGCAUUAUCCAAGACUCCUAUUGAACAAGUUAUUGUAUCUAUUGGUAUAUGUAGCCUUGUUUAUAUAUCAUACUGGCUUCGCCAAAGAUUUGUUCUUAGACUCUAUUUCAGUGAGAAAGCACAAAACUAUAAAAUGAUUUUUAUUGGCCGAGUCCCAUUUAGUUAUGAACACAUGGAAUUUCCUGCAAAAUCUGUAAUAUUUGCAACACCAAAAGAUUCAGCAUUUCCAUGGAGAAAUACAAUAUUCAAAAUAAACAAUCGUAAAGUAUAUUUAUUUGAAGAUAACUUUAGAACAUAUUCUGACUUCUUACAUAUGCUUAAACCUGGAGAGGAAUGUACCUUAGAAUAAUUAUUUAUAUGCAGUAUCUAAAUGUUUACAUAUAAAUUGUAUUUUGUGAAUUAUUUAAAUAAAUCAAACCUCUCAUAAUUUGAUAUGUAAGUUAUAUUAUUAAAAUCCUAACAAUAGCAAUGAAAAAUUGUAAUAUUUUUAAAUAAAGAAGUUAUC